AUGCCCGUCUUCUAUUUCACUUUUCACAGACAUCAAAAGAUGGCUCUGACUCAAGAGCAAAGAGGAAGGGAUAAACAGGAAGCUGUACAACCUUGCUCGUCGAAUUCUUCUACUAAUUGCCUUACUCCAAUUUCUGGUGGUCCUUCAGUUUCCCCCCUGUCUCUCGUGUCGACCAAUCAGUCCUCGUUUCAGUCAGAGUCUCAGCAGCAGCGAACGAAACGACCCAUCUCGGUGUGCUCCGAUGCUUCGUCUUAUGAAGAGGGUGAUGAAUUCGACACUAUUUACCCCUAUCAAUUGAGGAAACGAAGAGAUUUAGAUGAGUAUUCUCGACUUUUCCAGGAGAAUGUACCUUCGAGCGUUGCAGAUCGCUUGAUGUACGUGCUUCUUUAUCACUUAUGCUAUUCUUUUCAAAUGCUUUUUAUUGCUUUGAAUCAUCAUAUGCAUUUAAAAUGUUAUAUUUACCAAGAUGAAAAAAACUACACACGAAUCGCACUUCCUAAUUCAAGACGAGGUGUCCACUGUCCUGGAACUUAA